GAACCAGUCUAACAGGUGAGCUUUAGGAACAAACACAGAGAGGAGCACCAUCCUACAGCCCAACAUAAGUAGUUCUCCCCGAGGAGCAGAACUUAAUUUGGGUUCAGAAUGUCACUCCUGGCUGUUUUGGUUCUUUUGGGGACAGGAAUCACCAUCAACAGCGAAAAGCACACCCUCACCUACAUCUACACGGCCUUCUCCAAGCCAGUGAAUCUCCCAGGGUUACAUGAGUUCACUGCUAUGGGUUUAUUGGAUAACAGUAUGAUUGACUACUAUGACAGUGAGAACCAAAUAAAAGUUCCCAAACAGGAGUGGAUGAAAGAGCAUCUUGAACAAGAGUACUGGGAGAAAGGCACCCAGUCCAGAAAGAGCAAGCAGCAAUGGUUCAAGGUCAACAUCGACAUAUUGAUGAAACGAAUGAGACAGAAUGACACAAACACCCAUAUUCUCCAGUGGAUGCAUGGCUGCGAGGGUGAAACUCAGCCUGAUGGGACGAUGCAGUUUGUCCGUGGGAUGGACAUGUACAACUAUGAUGGAAACGACUUUCUGUCCUUUGACGAUGACAGACAGGUUUGGGUUGCUCCCAUUCAUGCAGCAGAAGAAACCAAGAGGAAGUGGGAUGAGGUCCAGGUGCUGAAGGAAUACACCAAGGGCUACCUGGAGAAGGAGUGCAUGGAAUGGAUGAGCAAGUUUAGAGACUUUGGGAAAGAGCAGCUUCUAAAAGCCAGUCCACCUACAGUGCAUUUGUUCACUCGUAAAGCCAAGUCUGAGACAAACACAAUUUUGACAUGUCUGGCUACGGGUUUCUUACCAAAGGACAUCACUCUGUAUAUCAAAAGAAAUGGACGUGUCCUGACUCUAGAGGACGGGUUGGUGACCACUGGAGUUCUCCCAAAUAAUGACAACACCUUCCAGAGAAGAGAUCAUGUAGAGAUUUUGAAGUCUGAUGUUUCCAUCUACACCUGUGAAGUUAAUCAUCGUGCCUCUAAAAUGCGUGUUGAAGAGAAAUGGGAUCACAUUAUUGUGGAAGACAAUGAGAAUAUGCCCAUCAUCAUUGGUGCUGCUGUCACUAUUCUGAUUGUGGUUGCAGCCAUUGGUGGGAUACUUAUUUUCCUUAAGAAGAAGACACGCCGACUUGAAUGCAAAGAAGGCUCCAGUCAGUCAAGUCUAGGGACUGUAAGCACCUCCAGCUCCAAUGAUAGCCAAAAGAAGGAUCAACCAGUCACUGGUACAAGCACACCUAAUGAGAAGGAGCCCCUCAUGGAUAAUGGUCUAGAGUCUGUGGCCACCUCCAGCGCCAAUGGUGACCAUGGUAGCCAGAAGAAGGCUCAACCAGUCACUGGUACAAGCACACCUAAUGAGAAGGAGCCCCUCAUGGAUAAUGGUCUAAAUUCUCAGGGCUCCUCUGGAACAGAACAAGCCAAUCCAUCCUAUGAUUCUGGUGCUGAUAAUUCAUCUCCUAGUUCCAACAAUCAGAGCGAUGAAUAAAAGUGACACGAGUCUGACUAAUUAGCAAUCUCAAUCAUUUGGAGCCAGAUUAUAAUAUGGCAAAAAUAUUGAGAAACAAGUCAUGUUCCCAAGCAGAUCUAUGAAAUCUAAUAUAUGAAGUUAUUUGAGGAAUGAAAAACUAAGUUUUCUCAUAAAUAUAUUUACUACAUAUUUGGGAACAUGUAGCGCACUACAUGUUUACUACAUGUUUGGAAACCUGUAUUAAACACUAUGGACAAAGUAGUCAGCAAAUAUGCCAAUACCUAAUUACAAAUAAGAAGAAUUGGAAAGAUGCGUUUCAGGUUUUUGUUUUUUCAGUGAGGACAUGUUACACCUUGAUCCAUUAAUGUAAAAUCAUAUUUUUCCUUCUGACAAAUCUGCUAAAACAACAAAAGAUAGCAAAUUAUUUAAAAGAAAGUUUGAAGUAAAAAAAAGACUGUAAGACCUCAGAGUAAGAAAAAAUACUGCAGUGUGAGCUUUUUUGUAGACCUAUAAUAAAUCAUAUUCACAAUUUGAAAGUAUUUUGAGUUAGCCAAACCGAUCAUGUUUGUUACACGAUUACAUAUGCUAUUUGAAGUAAUAAGGGAAGUUUAGUUAUUCUCUUUUGGAUCUUUACAAUGCUUCAUGAAUUUUUUUGGUUACUUUUUAAACUCUGUAUUAUAUUAUUGCUUUAAAAGUUUUUAAAACUCCAAGUUUUAGGGGGUUUUAUUUGUAUUUUGGGACUUGUGGGGCUUUUACUGACUAAAUAUUUUGUACUGUAUUUGCACUGGUGGUACGAAGAGUGAUAUUUUUCUUUGUCUAAUUGUGACAUUGUGAGGAAAGAAUAAGUAUUUGCAACUUUUCUCUAAUGAUUAAAUCAUCAAGUUAUGUAUGAAACUAGAUGUUUACGUAGAAUCUUUGCAGUAUCUCUUAGAUCAUCGUAUCGUUACGUUUGCUAUUCAUUGAUCUGUUGAGAGAUUUUUUUUCAAAUGAUUAAGACUUCAAAACUAAAAUGUACCUUCAUGUAACUGUAUUUUCUAUCUGAAUAAAACAAAGAAUUAUUUUUACCCAAUGAA